AUGUUGACCACUGAUCCUCAAUUGUUACAUGUUCCUCAACAAUCAGCUAAUCGAAAGCGAAACUUUAAUGCUGAUAAUCACGUGUCUAUUCCACGUGCACAUUCUCCUUCGUCGAAGAAAAGCGUCCUGAUAUCUCGACGACGGCAUUCAACUCCUCAAGUAUCAACAUUGCGAUUCGUCGAGUUGAAAUCGCCGCAAUUGCAUCCAUUUGUGAAACAAUAUUAUGUUAAUGCACGAACUACACGUACGAUGCAUAAGGAUCCGAAUGGGAAAUCGGAUCUGAUGAAAUCUCCACCACGUCCUGCAACACUUGUCAAACCACGUUAUCCUGAGGAACGCACUGCUCGAUUACUACCAACUCCGACGAGUCUUUGUUUAAAUAAUGAUAUUGUUUUACCAGUAGCGAAAAAGAAUCGUUCGACUAUUGUUGAAACACCAAGUCCUGCUACGUGUGACUUGCAAACUAUCAAUCAUAGUGAAGUCUCUAAAAAACGAUGGAACAGACGUGAAAAAGCAUUUUCACUCGAUUUGGACAGCGAUGUUUUCAGAUCGAAUGAAGAAUCGAUAGAGAAUUACACUAAUACCAGAGAUACUGCCAAACGCUGUAAAUGUUGUUUCGGAAAAUGUUUUUGUCGAUUUUCUUAUUGCAAUUUACAACAAUGUCACUACAGUUGUACACUUUCGUGUUGGGUUGUUUGUGUUCUUCUCGCAUCGGCAUUACUUAUCGGUACAUUUCUAUUUAUCGAAUAUUCAUUUCGUUAG